AUGUCCUCUGAAGAAGCGUUGAGCUCAACGUUCACGGAUUGGCUUUUCAUCAAUUCCUGGUGGCUCCUUCUGCCAUUCAUCAUGCUUAUUGUAGUGGCUGCCUUUAUUGUUGCCUUUGUGUUGCUGUUAUACAUGAUAUCGCCUCUUAUUAGCCCCAAGCCUCUGAAACUGAACGGGGCCCACGUCGUGGUGACAGGAGGCUCAAGUGGGAUUGGAAAAUGCAUUGCAAUCGAGUGCUACAGACAAGGAGCUUUCAUCACUUUGGUGGCACGGAAUGAGGCGAAAUUGCUUCAAGCAAAGAAGGAGCUGGAGAAAUUUGCCAUCAAUGACAAACAGGUGGUGCUCUGCAUAUCAGUGGAUGUUUCGAGUGAUUACAGCCAGGUGGAAAGUGUGAUAAAACAGGCUCAAGAGAAGCUCGGCCCUGUCGAUAUGUUGGUGAACUGCGCUGGUUUAGCCAUUUCCGGAAAGUUUGAGGACAUGGAAGUGGACCGUUUCAAAAAAUUGAUGGAAGUGAAUUACCUUGGCAGCGUUUACCCAACGCGGGCUGUCAUAACCACGAUGAAGGAGCGGAGAAUGGGUCGCAUCUUGUUCGUGUCCUCCCAAGCCGGCCAGAUCGGCCUGUUUGGAUACACUGCCUACUCCCCAUCCAAGUUUGCCCUGCGUGGCUUAGCUGAGUCUCUGCAGAUGGAGAUAAAGCCUUACAACAUCUAUGUGACUGUGGCCUACCCCCCUGACACUGACACUCCAGGAUUGGCUGAGGAAAAUAAGUCCAAGCCUCUAGAGACCACAUUAAUCUCUGAAACCUCUGGAGUGUGUCAACCAGACCAAGUGGCCAAAAUCAUUGUUCGGGAUGCAGUGCAGGGGAACUUCAACUGCUCUGUGGGACCCGACGGCUACAUGUUAUCUGCCCUUACCUGUGGAAUGUCACCGGUCACCUCCAUCACAGAAGGUCUCCAGCAGAUUGUUACCAUGGGGUUAUUUCGGACCAUCGCCCUCUUCUACCUGGGGAGUUUUGAUAGUAUUGUUCGCCGCUGCAUGAUUCAGAGAGAGCAGUCGAAAGCAGCUGACAAGAGGGAGUGACAGCAGCCUUACCUUAUUCACAGCCCAAUGCCCCUCCUCCUCCACCCCCCCCAUCCCCAUCCCAUCCCCUCCCCUCCCCUCCUCCAGCUGUUCAAGUGCACAACUGUAGGUGGAGGAAAGGUCAGGCUUUGAGUGUACUUCUGAUAUCAGGAGAUAUGAUUUAGAGUGGCAGAUGUUUACUAUUUGCUUGUCCAGUUACACAACUCCUCCAUAGACUUCAGUCAUUCUCAUUAUUCUAUCCUCUCUGAGCAUUCCAGUGACUUUUCAGUUUAAUAGUCCACCUGCUUCUUUUUCAGGGAGCAGCCUUACUUUAAGGGAAUGGGGGCAGACUAAACAUCCCACAGCCUUGUUCUAAAGUAGGCAGGCUUUUUGAACCAUUCACUAGAUGUCAGGCCUCCACUUGCACAGUGCUGUUUUUUGUUUGUUUUUUUCGCACAAAGAGGAAAAUCAACACACCGUCUGUCAGACCGGUUAUGCCAAAAAAAAAGAAGAAAUCCCUCCCACCAGGGGUUAUUGUGAAAACCAGGAUGGUAACUCCCAGCUUUUAUCUUCACAUUUCAUGUAUUACAAAGGAAGGUCCACAUGUUAGAAUAUCUCAGUUUGGUCUAAAUAGGCCCUUAUUCUCUACCUUUUCAUACCAAAAGUCUUUGCAGGCAAAGCACUUUACCUCUGUGUUUAAAACCAGGUUGAGACCCUCUGUGUUUUGUCUGAACCAAGUUUAGAUUGAGAGACAAGAGCACUCUGCAGCGAUAUCAGAGAGCGCAGUUUUUUGGGAUAAUAUAUAUUUCGGUGCAUGAUUGUGUGUGUGUUUUGGGUUAGCUGUGACUGAGCCAAACCCCCGGGGGGAAAAAAGCCAUUCAAUUUUAUCGUCUCUGGAAUAAACGCACCAAAUUAUUUUCCUUGGCAUCCUAUCUUAUUUCAUUGAGAAAGGAAAGCAGGUACUACUGGUUGAAGCCAUGACAUAAAAACAUUAAGAGGCAACAGGGCCACCACUGGUAAUGUCACUCUUCACCUGUGAAUAUGACCAGAGUUUAAUACACAUUUUCUCAUUAAAUAUGUGAAAGGAAGCAUAUCAUUAUUACAUGAAAUGUGUCAGUGCACAUAUUCAGCCACCCCAGCCAGUCAAGAUCCAAGUGGGAUCCAUCAUUUGUUGGGGCGGUGUCAGUCAGGGCCGGGCAAGACUUGCAGGUCGAGUCAUGUCCCUGUAGGUCUAGUGAGGGCGCUAGAGAUUUGUUUUACAAAAAGGCCGAAAUAGCAGAGGGACUAGCAGGGAAGUGUUAUCCUUGUCUUUCUGAUUUUGACCUGCUGUCACCCCGUCACGCACGGUUGGGGCUCUGCAGCUCCCUAAAUGACAAUAUUCAUUCCCUCCUUGAAAAACCUUGUAUUCACCACAUGUGUUUCCAUAUGUUUUGCAUAUAGAGGGAGAAAAGUACAGUGUCGACUCUUGCAAGUCUUCCUUCUGUCCAUCACAAACGGAGAGAAUGUACUUUAUAACAAAGCAUACAAAUCAGAACAUAUUUUUAAAUACACCAAUAUUUGAAUGCCAAAAUGUGUUGAGACAAUUUUUGUAGAUGCAAUGCAUUUGUUUGAGAUUUUUUUGAUGUUGCUGCUUCGUUGAUGUGAGUUAGAUUGUUAAAGCUGUGGCGCAGUGUGGGGACCCAUUCCCAGCCUUAAGAUAUGCUACUGAAAAGCUAAUGCGAUAAGAAUGCACCUGUCCACAGAACUAUGUGGCUCAACCCACAUGUGGUUUACCAGUUCAUUUAUUACGUUAUCUUUAGUACUUUCACUGUAAAAUGCCAACUGUUCUUGUGUAUUUUGUCCAUUUCCAGUCUUUGUAUGACAAAAAAAGAAGCCUGGCAGAAAUCCAAGUUAUGAAAGUGAGAAUGGAUGACUCAUGUUUGAUGAUGUUCUCAUUGGAAAUUGGUUAACGGCAUGCUCUCCUGCACUCAAGCUUUUCACAAUUGUACAUUUAUUGCUUUCAAAGGUUGUCUUUUACAUUAAGGUAGCAACACAUAGUUAAUAGAACAUGUAGCCCAUAUAAAAGCAGUUUUGUUUUAACCUAUGAGCUAUGCAAAUGAAGCCUAUGCUUACAAUAUGUUGGAACAUAGAGUCAAUAUUUAUGUUAUGUAACCGUCAAGCUAGUUAGCCCUUAUUUAAUGGUGUCAUCAUCAGAUACCCAAUAUGAGUACAAAACAUUAAAAUCAUAAUGCACAUUUCUUUCCUUUUUUUUUCCCCUCUUGAUUUUUUCUUCUGCCAAAAAACUUAACUAACACCUUCACCUUGUGUGCCAUGAAAGAAAAUGUGAGAAGUGGAACGUUUCUUUGUCUUAUUUUCUUACAUGAUAAACUAAAUAAAUACCUGUGAAAAAAAAUCUAA